UGCAUUCAUGUGCUCUCAGAAUUAUCAGGAAAAAUCCCGACCGGAAAACUCCUGAAAACCUCUUGUAACAGAAACUAGUUUCAGACGUCUGUUAUGAGCUUCUAUGUUGUAACAUCUUCCAAUCAGACUGUUCCCAGUUCCAUAAUUCCCAGUCAGACUGUUCCCAGUUCCAUAAUUCCCAGUCAGACUGUUCCCAGUUCCAUAAUUCCCAGUCAGACUGUUCCCAGUUCCAUAAUUCCCAAUCAGACUGUUCCCAGUUCCAUAAUUCCCAGUCAGACUGUUCCCAGUUCCAUAAUUCCCAGUCAGACUGUUCCCAGUUCCAUAAUUCCCUGUCAGACUGUUCCCAGUUCCAUAAUUCCCUGUCAGACUGUUCCCAGUUCCAUAAUUCCCAGUCAGACUGUUCCCAGUUCCAUAAUUCCCUUUCAGACUGUUCCCAGUUCCAUAAUUCCCAGUCAGACUGUUCCCAGUUCCAUAAUUCCCAGUCAGACUGUUCCCAGUUCCAUAAUUCCCAGUCAGACUGUUCCCAGUUCCAUAAUUCCCUGUCAGACUGUUCCCAGUUCCAUAAUUCCCAGUCAGACUGUUCCCAGUUCCAUAAUUCCCAGUCAGACUGUUCCCAGUUCCAUAAUUCCCUGUCAGACUGUUCCCAGUUCCAUAAUUCCCAGUCAGACUGUUCCCAGUUCCAUCAUUCCCAGUCAGACUGUUCCCAGUUCCAUAAUUCCCUUUCAGACUGUUCCCAGUUCCAUAAUUCCCUUUCAGACUGUUCCCAGUUCCAUAAUUCCCUGUCAGACUGUUCCCAGUUCCAUAAUUCCCUUUCAGACUGUUCCCAGUUCCAUAAUUCCCAGUCAGACUGUUCCCAGUUCCAUAAUUCCCUGUCAGACUGUUCCCAGUUCCAUAAUUCCCAGUCAGACUGUUCCUAGUUCCAUAAUUCCCAGUCAGACUGUUCAUAGUUCCCAGUCAGACUGUUCCCAGUUCCAUAAUUCUGAACAGCACAUGAACGCAGCAUUAGACAGAAACGUUACUGUAAAGGAAUGGUCGUUGUUGUUUGUAGAUCAGAGACAGGACAGGAUAUGACAUCACAGCAUCUUUUUUAAACAUCAAAGUUAAACAUUAAACAUCCUCCCUGCAGACAUCCUGGUCCUAAUGAAGAUACUGAACAGCUGGACGCGGACUGUUAGCGCGCGUGCGUGUGCGUGUGUGUGUGUGUGUGUGUGUGUGUGUGUGUGUGUGUGUGUGUGUGUGUGUGUGUGUGUGUGUGUGUGUGUGUGUGUGUGUGUGUGACCAGUGGAAUGGUCUCUAAUGUGCUAUUCAUCAUGUGGGAGUUUCUCAUAAACAGUUUGUCUGAGGUCGCAUGUUCAGAUGCCUCACACGCACACAAACAUGCAACCACACACACACACACACACACACACACACACACAACCACACACACACUCAUUCCUCUCUGCAUCAGCCUGAUUAACCAUAACCCUUUUGAAGGCUACUUUAAAGUUCCAAGUAACAGUUUUAGAUGUUGUCAGCGGAGGAGUCCUCUGUGUAUUAAUGUUUCUGGGCCAGUUCCUCUGUCUGGUUCAGGGCCAGUUCCUCUGUCUGGUUCAGGGCCAGUUCCUCUGUGUGGUUCAGAGCCAGUUCCUCUGUCUGAUUCAGGGCCAGUUCCUCUGUGUAUUAAUGGUUCAGGGCCAGUUCCUCUGUCUGGUUCAGGGCCAGUCCCUCUGUCUGGUUCAGGGCCAGUUCCUCUGUGUAUUAAUGGUUCAGGGCCAGUUCCUCAGGGUCAGUGUGUGUGAACAUGUAACUCAGUGGAUAAUGGUGCCAGUUGACCGCUGUAGCGGUGAAUGGCGCCAGUUGACCGCUGUAGCGGUGAAUGGCGCCAGUUGACCGCUGUAGCGGUGAAUGGCGCCAGUUGACCGCUGUAGCGGUGAAUGGCGCCAGUUGACCGCUGUAGCGGUGAAUGGCGCAAGUUGACCGCUGUAGCGGUGAAUGGCGCCAGUUGACCGCUGUAGCUGUGAAUGGCGCCAGUUGACCGCUGUAGCAGUGAAUGGUGCCAGUUGACCGCUGUAGCAGUGGACAAACUCCUACUGAUGAUAUUUUUGAUCUGAAACCAAACCAGUUGCCAGACAGACUGCUAGAACACAGCUGAUUCAUUAAAGGCCUCUCCAACCAAUUCAUGUUUCUUGUUUUUUAUCAGUUAGUAUAAAAUGUUUACUCAAUAUCCUGCACACACACACACACACACACACACACACACACACACACACACACACACACACACACACACACACACACACACACACACACACACACACACACACACACACACACACACACACACACACACACAGUGCAUUCGGAAAGUAUUCAAACCCCUUGACUUUUUUCACAUUUUGUUACAUUACAACUUUAAUGUAAAGUGUAUUUAAAUAGAACAUGUACCUGAUCAGUCUACACACAAUAACACAGUUUAUUGUGUGCAGUGAAUGGUGCCAGUUGACCGCUGUAGCAGUGGACAAACUCCUACUGAUGAUAUUUUUGAUCUGAAACCAAACCAGUUGCCAGACAGACUGCUAGAACACAGCUGAUUCAUUAAAGGCCUCUCCAACCAA